CACUAGAACCAGAAAAGAAAAAAAGAAAAAGGAAAAAAAAAGUUUAGAGCAGUAGUAAUGGCGACAUCUGUUGUGACUCUAUCUUCUCCCCCACCAGUUUCUCUGCCUCUCUCCUCAUCUCGCUCUUCCUUAUUCUCCAACUGCUUCACAGUAACGACCCGACAAAACACCACCCGGUCUCUGGUGGCGAGAGGAAUCCGACCGAGAAAGGCACUCACUUGUAAUGCCCUGUUUGGUCUCGGUGUCCCUGAGCUUGCUGUGAUUGCUGGCGUCGCUGCCUUGCUUUUCGGACCCAAGAAGCUUCCUGAGAUCGGUAAAAGUAUUGGCAAGACCGUCAAGAGCUUUCAACAGGCUGCAAAAGAGUUUGAGUCUGAGCUAAAGACCGAGCCUGAAGAUUCUGUUGCUGACUCAUCUACUCCCGUAUCAAUGAGCAACAAGGCAGAGGAAAAAACUGAGGUUUCGUCAAGCUCCAAGGACAAUGUAUGACAAUGAUGAAUGAGACUUUUGGCUUUGCUUGUUUUCAUGUAGCUACAAGGGUUUGUGAAAUGAGUUUUAGAUCAAAUACCUUCUUUUUGAAGGAAGCAGGGUAGUCUUUCUGUAAGAAUUGGCUCCGUGGUGUUUGAAUCUAUCAAGCUAUUCUUCUUAAGAAGAAAGAAAGAACUCUGCAGUAGACCAACA